GUGAAGUCUCUGUUCAUAAGUGGAGUACACGUUAAUUCUCUUAGUUUCCUCUUUCGUUAGAAUCUCUCUCUCUGAAUUCCAUUUUGCAUUUGCAGUUUGGUGUGAGUUGAAUGAUGGUGUUUCAAUUCCAAAAUUUGAAAGACUGGAGAAGAAGAAUGGCUACAGAGUUACAAUAACUUUUUCUUCCUUAACAACAAAAACUCUUGUGUGGACCCCUCUAUCUAGCUAUCCUCAACUGUCAUGUACUAUGACUAUUCUUUGUGUCGCCCAACAACAAUGUAAAGCGUAAGACUCUCAACUUUCACUUUUCUCCCACAAUCCUAACCUUCACCACCAAUUCUCUCUCCUUUGUUUCUUUUCUUCCUUUCUUUCUUCCACUUUUUUCAUGUAUUCAAUGCCCCCCACAUCAGAAUUAUGCCUCGGCAGAUCCUGGGUCGGUGCAAGAUUAUCAUUUUCUUCUCUUUGACAGCAAAAAGGAGAUGCCCAUUAGCAAAAGUUUUGAUUUUUUUGGUGGGAAAAUUUGCUGCCUAAUGGUGUUAUUCCUCUCAGAGAGUGUGGUGUCUGAUGAACAAUUUUCAGUCUGGUUCUUUUGAGGGAAUGAGUUGUUGGUGGGAUUGAGAUUGACUGAGAGUUGUGAGUUUUGACACUUCUUGUGGUGGAAGUUUCUAGGGAGAUUGUGUGAAGGUGUUUUAUGUUAGAGGUGGGUAAGGUAUGCUCCACAGACUGUUAUUUGAGUAGAUAAAUUGUUGGAGGAGAUAAAUGAGCCAUUUAUGGCAGGCAUGGAUUCAGUUGUGCAGAAGUAAUGAGUCUUGUGCGGAAUUUGUGAUUUUUGGUGUUUAAGGAUAUGCUAUUUUUUUGGUGUGUGCCUGAAGGUUUUGGUGUGGUAUGAUUAAUUAUCAUCAAACUUCUUCAUCACGUUUGAUCCUUGACUAUGUUUUUUAUUGGAGGAAAGAAGAAUCAAUGUGCUGUGAUUCUUUGACUCGUUGUCAAUUGUAAAAGCUGCUGAAGCCUUGUAAGUUAUCUCAACUGGCCUUUUCUUUGUGGAGAGGAACAAUUAACUGGGGUUUUAAGCUUUCUAUGUGGAACUUCAGAAUUCAGAUUGUUAAGGUCUGUGAGACAGAGCAUUGAUACCUUCUCCUCCAAAGGAAGCUAAAACUUCGUGAACUUCACUCAAAUGAGAAACUUGGAGAACUGAAAUAGGGAUUCCCAAAUGCUUCCUCAGUGGACUCAUCUGGCUGUAUCUUUGUCUUUUGUUCCUUCACCAUAUUGAGACAACAAGGCUCAGAAUAUGAGGUUGGACAAUCUUACCUAUGAAAUUUUUUGAAUGACUGUGGCUACUUGAGGCCAAGACUAUCUUAUCACCCUUCAAGGGAAAGGAAAAGAGGAAUCAAGGAACACCAUUCUGCCCAAUCAUCAUGGCAAAGAAGUCCCAAAGACGCCAUGUGCGGUUUGAGAAAGAUAAAUCAGGCUGCAUGUGGGGUUUUAUUAGUAUGUUUGAUUUUAGACAUGGUCAUUCCACUAGGAAGAUGAUUGCAGACAAGAGACGAAGCAGCAAACAUGCUGUUGGGGCCAUAAAUUCUAAGACUAAGUUCGAGAAUAGAAAUUUGGAUGAAGUUUAUCAAUCCAGUUCGGACAGUGGAGAGAGUAGAAGACCAACAAUUGUGACUGCUGCUAAUAAGCCUAGCGUGAAGAAACUCAUUGAAGAAGAGAUGUUCAUUGAUCAGAAUAAAAUGAAGGAUACAGAUAGUGCUCAAAUAGAAUCAAAGGAAUCCAAAUUAAGGCGUGAUGUACUCUUGAAGUUAGAUUCCAAAAGGAAUAAGAAAUUUUACAAGAAAAACUGUGAUAAGGACAUCAAUGAUUUAAAUUUGGAUACAACCUUGAAAUCUGAAAUCACACAUGAUAAGCACUCAAGGAAACAAUCUAAAGAUAAUCUUGAUCUGGAUAAGAUGAUUGCAGAGUUUUGCCAUCUAAAAGAUGUUUGUUCAAUGAUGCAUGGCAAUGAUAUAGAAGUAGAAGUUGAAGCACAAUCAAACCAGAAGCAAGCUAUUUCUGAAAAUGCAAGAGAAGCAAUUUGUGAAUUUGUGAAUCAGAUGGUAUUAAAUGGAAAAGAUCCGGCUGAAGCCAGAAAAUUCCUUUGCUCCCAUCAACUUAUGGAAGCUAUUGAGCUUCUAAGUUCAGAUAAGGAAUUGUUUCUUUCACUUCUACAAAAUCCGAAUUCACUGUUGUUGAAAUGUGUUCAAGAGUUUAGGAAUUCUCAGGGAACAAAUGAAAAAGAAUAUGGUCCAGUAGUUGGUUCCAACUUCUCCGAACAAGAUCAUGGCAACCUGAAACAAAAUGGGGAUCUAGUUAACCACAAGAAGCAUAACUUUUUCAGAAAAAAGAUGAAGUCUCAUUCAAAAAGUUCAGCAAAUGAGAACGGGAACACUAAUUUAUCAAGUAUUGUUAUUUUGAAGCCUGGGCAGAUGGGCUGGCAAAAUUCUGAAACUGGAAAAAACCUUGCCUCUUAUCAAGAUUCAUAUGAUGUUGUCAAAUACAAUGGUCCUUCUGUGAGAGGUAGUUCACAUUUUUCUCUCACAGAGAUAAAAAAGAAAUUAAAGCAUGCUAUGGGAAGGGAGAGACAUGGAAACCCUGAAGGGAUCUCAAAAAGGCACCCUGCUGCUGAAUGUCAGAAUAGGAGGCCUAGCAGCAAAGUCAUUGGUAAAGACAAUGUUGGAAUGAGAUCUCCUAAUAAAGAUCACUUUUUCAUUGAAAAAAUUGGAAGACCUGCCACUGGUGUUAUGAAAGGAGACAAGCCUAGUACAACUAAAGAUGUUGAAUUGACAAUGGAACAUGAAAAUGGUAGUCGUCCAAAACAAAGGGUUUCUAACUUAUAUAUUGAGGCUAAGAAACAUUUGCGUGAAAUUGUAGGUAAUGGAGAUGAGAAAAUAGACUUGUCAAGUAGGCAGAUCUCUAGAACCCUUGGCAAAAUACUAUCUCUUCCUGAGUACAGCUUUUCUCCCUUUGGCAGUCCUAGAAGGGAUUGGGAGCAUCAUUCAGUAACUGCACAGAAAAUAUUUUCCACUUCAGAUAAGAUUUGGGUGGGUAAUAAGGAUAAUCUGUCUCCCAAACAAGAGUCCUCUGUUGGUCAUUUGGAUCAGGAAAUAGACAAUUCAGAGGAGCAGUCAAUAAUUUGUGACGAAAUCUCUAAUAACAAAGUUCAAGAAAAUAAGUCAGACUCAAAUGUUGCAAAUGACCGCGGCCAUGUUGAUGAAGCACAAAAACUUUGUCCUGAUAGAGAUGAGAUAGUUACUGGAGGUGAUGUAGAAUUUGCACAAGAGGUGAAUGUUUUGGAAUCUUCCUCACAACCAGUUGACCUCAGUGUAGGAAAGGAAUACCAAAACUAUGGUCUCUCAGAAAUUUCUGAUUGUGCAAAAUGCUCUAAAUGUUCAAAGCAGGAUGUAGAAAAAGAACACAAACCAACAUCUCCUCUAUUAUCUCCACCCCACCAUUCCACCACCAAAGAAAUUACAGAUGCAUCUGGGCGGCCAAGUCCCAUAUCUAUUCUUGACACACCGUUCUUUGAAGACGAAGUUCAGCCUGUUGAAGUAUCAGUCCGACCACUGCAAUUUGGAGAACAAUACUCUUCACCUUUGCAUGAAAUCAAUAAAGAAAAGUAUUGUCUUAAAGAAAAUGAAUGGAUAUAUGAUUACAUCAAAGCAAUUCUGCAAACCUCUGGAUUGACUAUAGAUCAAUUGUCAAUGGAAUGCCUUUCCUCAGACAAGAUCCUAGAUCCUUCCUUGUUUGAUGAGGUAGAGUUACCAAACCAGAUUUGCCAUGAUCAGAAGCUCAUUUAUGACUGUGCCAAUAAUGUUCUCAUGGAGGUUUGUCAGAAUUACUUCAGGUUCUCACCUUGUGUGUCAUUCAUAAAACCUGGCAUAAGGCCUUCUCCAAACAUGAUGAAAAUUAUUGUCAAAGUCUGGGAAGGAGUGUGUUGGCAUUUCCUUCCCUUGCCCCCACCCCGUACCUUAGACAAAAUUAUUAAAAAGGACAUGGAUAAAAAUGGAACGUGGAUGGACCUUAGACUUGAAGCUGAAACCAUUGGUUUUGAAAUGGAAGAAGCCAUUCUUGCAGAACUGAUGGAAGAUACAAUACUAAGCUGUGUAAGCAAAAGUUCAGAAGGUGAUUGUUCUCAGCUUGAAUUUGAAUAUAAGGACAAAGAAAACACCAAAAAUGUGUAAUAGACAGCUUACUACUUUUUGUUCAUUAUCACCUCUUAAAUUCCUUUAUGAAAAGUGGAUGGGAAGUAAAGAAUACUUGAGUUUGUAGGAAUUUUCUAAGCAUAUUUGGCAUCUUAACAUUUCUGACUUCUCCUGUGUUUACAUGGUAAGGAACAUAAAUAAGGGACCACAAGUCACAAUAAGUAAAGAAGAAGCCAGUUACAAGGACUUCUUGCUGCAGUACAGACAAUGCUUGUCUUGUUUACAAUGACAAAAGUUAACACUUUUAUUUUGUGUGUGCUUCACUUCACUCACUAAGGACAAAUGGUAUUUAGUUGUAGAGUUUGUAAAGUUUGAUAUUUUGAUCAUACUAGCAUGGUGUGUUUGGUAUCAUUGUCAUCCUUAUAUAUUAGUUUUUUUCUAAUCUAUAUAUAUAUAUAUAUUGUAUGUACAAGUUUGGAAAUAAUGAAGUGUGACUCAACUUAUUGAAGUUUCCAAGGGAAGAAGAAACAUGAAGAAAAAAGAGACAUGAAACCUUAAUUGCUCACAAUGACUUUAGUUUAUAUUUCUCCAAACCAUUCAAUUUCUCAAUCAUGUUACAAACUUAGGCAGUUUUUCAAUUUGGACAAACAGGGCACUUUGAUAAGGAGA